ACUUCACUAGUGCAUUAAGUUUGUUAGCAACAACAACGUUAAGGCGCACGAAGUCAAAUCGUGAAACGUUUCAAUAUUUUUAUAAAUAAAUUAAUAAAGAGAAUAAAAAAAUUAUGUUUUUUGUAUUCGAUUAUUAAGUAAUAAUAUUGUUGUAAAGUAAAUAAUGUUUGAAAAUAUUACAAAACAAAAUACAAACUUAUUUUUUUAAAUUACGGAAGUUAUUGUUAAAGAAACGUCGUUUAAUUAAAGAAAUUUCUUUGAAAAAAAAUUAUCUACAACAAAACAUUUGCAAAACUUUCCCAAGCAAUAUUGUAAUCAGCUUGUUUUGAUUCAAAUACCAAACAGUUGUAAUAACGUUUCGUAAAAACCAUACACAAGAAGUUAAUAAUAAUAAUAACGAACAAAAUGGCUGGAGAACUAUUAGCUCGUCCAAUAAGACCGCAUAAAAGCGGUUAUUGGUUUCCUGCCAAUCCAAAUGAUUUCUACAAGUCUAUACAACUUAAAGCGGGACAAUAUCUAUUACGUGACGAAACCGAUAAUAAUACCCACAGUGAACAAUUGCAAGCGGUUUGUAAACCACUUUAUGUCAUGAGCGAAAUAUUCCAUAGGGAAGAUGAACGUCUUAAGACCUUCAAUACUUGGCCGGUAGUGUGGUUGGAUAAGAAAGAAUUAGCCAUGUCGGGCAUGUUCUACAUGGGCGAGGGUGAUAAGACAAAAUGUUAUUUUUGUGAAGUGGAAAUUGGUCGCUGGGAACCUGAGGAUCAACCUGUACCUGAACAUCUGCGCUGGUCGCCAAAUUGUCCUCUUUUGAGGAGACGUACUACCAACAAUGUACCCAUUAAUUGUGAGGCCUUGGAACGACUAUUGCCGCCACCCAGUUAUGAUAUCUGUGGCCUAAAUGAUCAGAUUGAAAUAAGACGUAAUGCAUUUCCCGAGGGCACUAUACCAGCGGCCGACAUACCGCCUGCUUCCCCAGCCACAGCCAGCAGUAGUGGAAGUAGUGCUAGCAGCCCUAAUUCUGGUACAUUUUAUCCCGAGUAUCCAGAAUAUGCCAUUGAAACGGCACGCUUACGUACAUUUGCCGAAUGGCCGCGCAACAUGAAACAGAAACCAGCUCAAUUAGCCGAGGCGGGAUUCUUUUAUACCGGCGUGGGAGAUCGUGUUAAAUGCUUCAGCUGCGGUGGUGGUCUUAAAGACUGGGAUGAGAAUGAUGAGCCCUGGGAACAACAUGCUCUCUGGAUGGGCAAAUGUCGUUAUGUAAAAUUAAUCAAGGGUGAUACUUAUAUAGAAACUGUUGUAAAUAGAUUUAAAAAAUCCAAUGCCAACACCAACACCGAAGAGGAGGGGGAGCAGGCACAACAAACUACUGCCAAUACCAACGCGGUUACAGCAGCCACUGUUCUAACCUCAAACAGUAUAACGGACCCAAAAGAAACGGAACAACAAUUGGCCGUGGGUGCUACCCAGCAAACAUUAGCCACCGCUGGCUGUCCAGCACCAGAACAAAAUCGCAAAUCCUCUUCCACCAUACCCGAAGAGAAAUUGUGCAAAAUUUGUUAUGCCAACGAAUACAAUACGGCGUUUUUACCCUGCGGUCAUGUAGUGGCCUGUGCCAAGUGCGCUUCAUCCGUUACCAAGUGUCCACUCUGUCGAAAAGCCUUUGCCGAUGUAAUGCGUGUAUAUUUUUCAUAAAUUAUUAUAAACUUUAUAUAGUUAUUUAUACUUUUAAUAAUUAUCGCAAACAUAAAAAUAAUACAGCAACAAGAACUCCUACAGUUAUUUGCCCUAUAAAAUUAACCAUCUUUCCAUUCCCCUAUAGUUUUACAAAUGUAUAUAAUUCUCUAAAAACAAAUCCCUGCCUUUGCCUCCACUAUCUAUAUCCU